AUGAAUGGAAGCUCAAAUGCAACCAGUCAAUAUAUUACCUCGCCAUCCUAUCCACGGCACUACGAGAACAAUCUGGACAUCCAGUGGCUUAUCCAAGUAGCGGAUGACCAGAAAAUCAUCCUCAGAUUCCACGAUUUCGACACGCUGUACUAUGAUUAUUUGGAGGUUGGCAUUGGACGAAACUCUACUGUCUCCUCCACUACGGUGUUCCGUAGGAGUGGGAGCCGUCUCCCGCCUGUUACACUCUCAACCGGCAAUGCCAUGUGGCUACGGUUCACAUCUGGUGCUAUUGGCAGUGGAAGAGGCUUUUCUCUAUCAGCUCAAAGCUAUCAUGCAUCAAUUCAGCUGAUCUAUCUUGCGGCAAACCAGUCAAUCAACAUAACCUCGCCAUCCUAUCCAAGCAACUACCAGGACAGUCUGGACAUCCAGUGGCUUAUCCAAGCAGCAGAGGGCCAGAGAAUCAUCCUCAGUUUCCACACUUUCCGUACGUACCUCUCUGAUUAUUUGGAGGUUGGCAAUGGCCGCAACUUUACCGACUCCUCCACUAGGGUGCUCCGUCUUAGUGGGAGCAGUCUCCCGCCUGAUACGCCUUCAACCAAUAUUUCCAUGUGGCUGAGGUUCACAUCUGAUGAUAUCACCUCUCAAAUAAGCAAAAAAAAAACAUGUUAUAAAUGUUUUUAUCUUUCUGUUUGUAUUGGAGCUACUGUGACCAUACCAACUGUAACGACUACUACCGCAACUGCAACGACUACCAGCCGCGCUGCAACGAAAAUCGUUGACGAGGGCUGCUCGGCUCCACCCAGAUUGAACCACGUGACAAUAGCCGAAGGGCAAGAUCACGCAUUUCAACCAGGCGAGGUGGCCACUUUCACGUGCAGUGGUGGCUUUGUCGUCACGGGAACCGACCGUCAUGAUGCGGAGCGCGUCUGCCAAUCAGACGGCUCUUGGUCCAGUAAACCAGUGAAGUGUUCUCCGGCAGAUGAUCCCAGAGCUUAUGACACGCUGGUGAGGAAAGCGGCAGAGGGAGUAGCGGCCGGAGGAGUUGUCUUCGUGGUGAUCCUGCUUCUUGUUUUCCUUCUCAUCAGAAGAAGGUGA